UUGAAUUUACGUAUUGCUGCAAUUUUUGUUUAAAAUUCAUCGUGUUUCAUUCGUUUCAAUUGGAGCUCGAUGUAUAUAUUUGUCCGUUGGCUCGCAUUGUUUAAAUCAAAACUCACGGAGAUAAAUAAAUAAAACGAAAACGAAGACACCAGAAAAGAAGAAGCAAAGACAACCGCAAAGCAACGAAUGAGACAUACAAAUUUAAUUUUUUCAUCAGCAUCUUCUUUCGUGGCCAAUACUUUUCCAUGUGCACAAACGCAAAUCGAAAGAAUCUACAAAUAGAAAAUAUUAACAAAAGUGUUACACAUCGAUCGUUGUUGAGUGUAAAUUAGUGACGAAUAAGAAAUCACAAUCAAUCAAUUCAAUAUCUAUGUCAGUUGUAUAUGUUUGUUGAAUGGACAACCGAUUUAAAUCUAUCAAAAAAGACUCGAAAAUUCAUGCAAAACUGGUGAAUAAAAGUGAAGAAAUCAAUCGAAAACUUCCGCGAUUCAACUCUCUUCUUCAUUCAAAGAGACAAAACGCGGCGAAUAAACUGUGUGAUUCAUAUCUCUCGGCGCAGAAUAUAAAUAAUAAAAAACAAAUAAUAUAUUUGAUUUGUUGCUAAUUUGUGUUGAACUUCUUUCUUUUCGCUGUUGGAAAAAGAAAACGCCUUACAUAUACUCGCUACUGCUGCUGCCUGCAUAUCGAGACGCGGAAAGAGCAAGAAAAAAAUCACAAAAAAAAACAGAAAAGAAAUUGAACGAAGUCAAGAAGAAAUUCACAAUCGGCACACAAGAGAAGAGUUUUGUUGAACAGCAGAAGCGAAAAAAGAAGAAGAAGAAGCAAGAAAAAAAAAUCAACAGCAACAACAACAAAGAAAUCAGGCAAUCGGAAAGAGAAAUUUUUUUUUUACAACGAUUUGAAUAUUGAACGGUCAUCAUCAUUUCGGUUUGUUGAUGUUGUUCCGCUGAUUAGUGCCUUUUUAGAGUUCGCCAUAGUUUUGGUGUCAUUUUGGACAUUUUGAGAGCAAAAACACCAACAAUCACUCUCACCACACACUGUUGAUGGACGAUUUUUAUCAAGAAGACCCAACGACACCCGUACAAUUGUGUGUGUGUGUGUGUGUGUGUGUAGUGCAUGACUAUCAAUUCUGCGGGCACUCACAUCUCUCGUCUAAUUGAUUUUCUUUACAGAGAGAGAUAGAGAGAGAUUAUGAUCGUUAUGAAAUGAAAGUCAACUAACAAUCACGAACCAAAAAAAAUAUUUGUAUCUGCGAUUGAACAUUUUUACGAAUAUCGAAACAGAGACAGAACUUCCGUAAACGAAAGUGGAAUCCAUACUACUACAAGAAAACAGCAACAAAUUUAGAAUUGAAGAGCUUAUUCGCCGGCACUCGAUUUCAUUUGAAGAGAAAAGAAAGGCACAGAUUGUAUCUCGUAGCGUUGAAAGAAAACAAAUUCGGUGUGUGUUUGCUAUUCGGAGCGAAAAACGUCGAACCAAAACAUUGAUUGUAUCGAAAUAUGCAAACGAAUUUGUUUGUUUAACGAAAGGAAAAAAACAGACGAACGAUCUUGAUAUUGAGAACGAGAGAAAGAGUGACAAUUUAAUUCGCUUUUCAUUGAAUUUUAAAUAUUCAAGUGUUACAAAUAAAACCAAUUGAAUCCCACGAGGAAUAAUCGGAACAGGGAGUAGAUCAUCAGCAGCCAUAGCCGAAUGUGACUUUCGUCCACUCAGCGACACUCAAUUAAGGAAAUCAUAUAUCGACACAGCACAAACAUUGACGUUUGAAUAGAACGAGAGAAGCGGCCAAAGCGAAACGACACAAGCAAACACACCGAGAGACACAAAAAUGUUGCGCCAAAUAUUGAACGAUAUGUAUGUGGAUCCGGAGAUUCUAUCCGGUUUGGAUGAAUACCAGAAACAGACGCUAUUUUGUAAGAUGCGCGAAGAACAAAUUCGACGUUGGCGUGUACGAGAACAGGAGAACGAUAGCCGAGCGACGUCUACAAAAAAAUCCACACCAAAUAAAAAGAAUAAGAACGUAUCAUUUCGUGAGGAUGAUGAAGGUGAACCUUGGGUUGUUGUCAUUGAACCGGCCAUAUUCACAGACAGUGACAGCGACGACAGUGAUUUAAGCAUGAAAAAACCGGGUCACGAAGAAGCCAAACAGCGUGCACGUGAAUUGGCUGAAAUUGAAACGAAAGAGUUGCGUCGCCAAUACAAGGAAAUCAUUACCGAUUUAGAUAACAACGACACCAAUUGCAAAAAAGAUAAAGUCAAAUUGGUGGCAACGAACGACGAACCGCUCAUCGGCACACCAAUCAUUGAUGACAUGGAAAUUUAUUGCUCGGUGGAUGAGCUGCGCGAACGCAUGAAUCAAUCGAAAUUGUCCAAUGGAAUUCCGCCCACCACGAAAUUGAAUCUAAAAAAUGGAAAUCUACAAAAAAAUAAUAUAAUUAAUUUCAGUUUUUCGGAUAAUCAAAAUGAAAAAAAUGUUAUACUCAAGGAGAUCAAUUCAAAUAAUAAGCCCACACAAAAAGUGUCGGCCAAAAUUGCACUGUGGGAACAACGUGUUAUUGGUGAGAAAACGACAGAGAUUUAUCAACGUUUGCGAAAGAAGCAAAAGGAACAGGCACAAGAAGAGGCAAAAAAACAGGAAGAAGCGUGGAAAGAACAGGAACGCAAGGCAAAAGAGGCAGAUAUUCAAUUUCGUGAAAUAACGAGACGAGCACGGGAAGAGCAUCGUAAAUCGUUGAAUAGCGAUGAAACAACCAGUAUUAUUUCGGCCUCGACUCCUAAAUCAGUGAUCAAAAAUGGUGCAGUGAAUGGCACCAUCACCAAUGGCGUGAAAAAACCAAACGGCAUUGUGAAUGGAAUGAAUGGAACAAAUGGAUUCGUGAACGGUAUUCACCCAAUGACAAAUGGUACUUCGACGAAAGGGCCAGCACCUCAACCGCCAAGCACACCAUCAACAAUGUCAGUAACUCAACCACAGCCAUCAUCAUCACCUCCAUCAAGUCUUGAUGUACUCAUUCCACGACCUGCCAGCCACGAUAAGAUGAUCCAAUGGUAUCACGACGUCGAAAUCGCUAAAGGUGCUGGCUUAGAUUCCGUUGAAACUCAUUUACCAUGCAAAUGGUUUUAUGGCUUGAUGAGUCGAACCGAAGCUGAGCAAUUGCUUGAAUCCGAGCCGAUGGGCACAUUCCUUGUUCGAUUGUCGGAGAAAAUCUGGGGCUAUGCCAUUUCCUACAAAGACAGCGAUCGCUGUAAACAUUAUUUAAUAAAUGCUUCGACUGGCCAAUACAAAUUUUUAGGUGCAAAUCAAAUGAACCAUACCAGUCUAAAUAAUCUAAUCAAGCAUCAUGCGACUGUGCCGAUAACUGCAAUGGGAAAUGAGCUUCUGAUUCGGCCAUGCCCACGGAGUGGUGCAGUCAAUUCGAAAAUAUUUGACGGCCUAUUCUAAACUACACACACACACAAGACAUAAAUUUUUUUUUUCUAAGAAGAAAAAAACAACAUAAAUUUAGACCUACGAGCAAACUAUAUCAGGAAUGUGCACGAUCAAAUAAUCAACACUGUUUAUCCCACACUAGGCACAUUCAAAAUAUCUCAGUAUAAUUUUAGUAUAAUUACGCAGAAAUGAUUCAACAACAAAAUUUAUGUUCGAAUGAAAAAGAAAAGAAAAAAAAAACACUUAGUAUUAAACUUCGAAGCUUUAGAUGUGUAUUAGAUUUAUAUGACAAUUUCAAGAUAAAAAUGAGCAACAUUAGUUGUUGACGCAUGCGAAAAGUCGAUAGCAACAAAAAAAAAUUCAGACAGUUUCAAUGAGAAGGAGGUGGACGACAAUAAAUUGAACAAAAUGUGUUUAAUGACUGAA